AUGGAGGUGUUGUCGACAAGUAAGUCCCUUGUGAUGCCACAGAUGAACUUUUCAUUUUUGUGUACAACGGAGCUGCUUGUAGGUACCCCAGCCAAGCCUCAAGUUGUACCUAACCCACCAAACACUCUUCUUGAUACCAAGUGGCUGAAUGGUAGGUGCUUUGAUGAUGCUCAAACACAAAAGGAGAGGAAAAUGAUUCCAUUCAGGAUUGUUAAGGCUCCAAAUGGCGAUUCAUGGGUGGAAGCUAAUGGGCAACAAUAUUUCCCUGGCCACAUUGGUGCCUUUGUUCUCACCAAGAUGAAGGAAAUUGUAGAAGCAUAUCUAGGGAAGGUUGUUGAACCAGGUAAGCUUAGCUGGAACAGCCUUUAG